AUGUCGCAGAAGUUCGAGAAUGUUAUCAUGAAUUCUCAGAAAUCCAGAGUGGAGAUCGAUGGAGGAAAGAUGGUUAUUACCCCUGACAAAGGAAAAACAGUAACCAUCGAAAAAGGCGAAAUUGAUCAUGCAGACUGGUCACAAAUCUCUAGGGAUUUCUAUUGCCUUUAUCUUAUGGUCGGUGAGAGGUUCUACUCCAUUUCUAAAUUCCAAAUCGGCGAUAAAUCCAAGCUUUUUGCCGCAUUGAAAAACCAACUUGAUGUUGAGGCUAACGAAGAAGACCUUUCUAUUUCUGGCUUAAAUGAAGGUGUUUUCUUCCACGACAAACAUACUUUUGGCAUCAAGGAUGACGGAAAACCAGUUAUUAAAGUUCCAUAUAAAACAAUUUCAAACGUCCAGUCAUCUAAAAACGAUUUCUUCGUUCAGAUCUUACAGGAAGGCAGAAUAGAAGGUCACCAACUUGAAAAUGUUCGUAUUUUCGUUCCACAAAACGGUGCCGAAAAAGUCCAAGAUAUUGUUGCAAACAUUCGUGGAUACAUGAAACAACAUACAGCAUCCGAAAACUACUUCGCACAAAUUAACGAUCUUACCCUCAAACAACCAAGUGGAAACGCUGAUUUCAGGUAUUGUGAAGAUAAUCUUUUCAUUCAAUUCCAGGAAGUCAAUUUCCAAAUCAAAUACUCAAACAUUCGUCUUAUCCAUCGUUUCUCCAUCCCAGAUUCCAAGAACGAAUACGUUUUGAUUACUCUUUCCCAUCCUUUCAGAAGAGGCCGUACAGAUUACGAUAACAUCGUCGUUCAGACAUCUGAUGAUGAAGUCGCUAAGAUUCUCAACAUUCCAGACUCAACAAUGAAAGAAUCCGAAGCCAUUGUUAAAUUCUUCGAACAAUACGCCAACAAGAAAGAAGUUGAGCAUGAUAACUUCUUCCUUUCAUCCGAUGGAACCAACGCCAUCUUCGGUAGCUGGAAAGGUAACCAAAAUUACUUAUUUAUUACAAAUUCUCACUUUGUCAUUCUUCCAAAGAGCAAAGUCAUUCCAUUCGAUGCAGUACGUCACGUAGAAUUCACUCGUAUCGACGCUGAUACAAUGCGUAACAACAAAUUCUUCGAUCUUGCAAUUACAGAGACUGGCAGCAACAAACCAAUCGAUUUCAUGAAUAUCCCACACAAGGAGUUCGUACUCCUCCUCAAUUUCUUCAAGAAGGCCGGUCUUACAAUUCAUAACUACAAUUUAGCAGAAGAUUUCGCUACAAUCAUUUCCCGCGAUAGAGGAGAGGGCAGAGGAUCACGUCUCGCUGCCGAUAUCAAGAUUCGUGAAGAAGCCAAGGAGAUGAACAAAAUCUCUGACUCUGACGAAGAAGAAGAUGAAGACUUCAACCCUGAUAAGAAGGAAUCAUCAAGCGAUAAUGAGGAAGAAGAGGUCGCUGCGGAAAAGAGUGACGAUGACGAAGCUCCUGCUGAGGAACCAGCUGAAUCAGAAUAA